CCUGCCAGCCUCGAAGCGACAUGCGACCUCGAACAACGAUGCGAUGAGCCGCGAGCACACGCGACAAUCCCGAAGAACGAUGAACUCAGGGAAAACUGCAUGGUGGAAAACACGUCUCUUCAGUGGCAUGACAAAUGACAUACGGCGAAGAGCACCAUUCUACUGGAGCGAUUGGAAAGAUGCAUGGGAUUAUAGAGUGGUCCCAGCAACAGUAUACAUGUACUUCGCAAACAUCCUACCCGCCUUGGCCUUCUCGCUCGACAUGUUCGAGAAGACAGACCAGAGCUUCGGCGUAAACGAAGUCCUCCUGGCAUCGGUACUAGCCUCCAUCGUCUUCUCGAUCGCCGCGGCGCAACCCCUCGUCAUUGUCGGCGUCACUGGUCCAAUUACCGUGUUCAACUACACAGUAUACAAUAUAAUCACUCCGCGCGGAACAAAUUAUUUUGCUUUCAUGUGCUGGAUUGGGCUGUGGUCGCUGGUUUUCCACUGGAUUCUUGCCGUUACGAAUUCGUGCAAUGGCCUUCGAUAUGUCACAAGAUUCUCUUGCGAUAUCUUCGGGUUCUAUGUCGCCUUCAUAUACUUGCAGAAGGGCAUCCAAGUUCUGGCACGACAAUGGGCUAUUAGCGACGCGUCUGCAUAUCUUUCGAUCACGAUCGCGCUGCUUGUCACCGCUGUGGCAUAUAUCUGCGGCAUUGUUGGCCAAUCUUCCUUGCUCCAGCGCCACGUCCGAAAGUUCAUCGAGGAUUAUGGUACGCCUCUGACAGUCAUUUUCUUUACCGGGUUUGUACACAUUGGCAAGAUGGCUGGCAUUGAAUUGCAAAAGCUCCCUACUUCCAAGGCAUUCUUUCCUACGUCCGACCGUGGUUGGCUCAUCCAUUUCUGGGACAUAAGCGUAGGCGACGUAUUUCUCGCUAUUCCAUUUGCUGUCCUUCUGACCAUUCUGUUCUGGUUCGACCACAAUGUUUCGAGUCUCAUUGCGCAAGGCACGGAGUUUCCGUUGCGAAAACCGGCUGGCUUUCAUUGGGACAUCUUCCUGCUUGGUACUACGACUGGUGUCGCAGGAUUGCUCGGCAUCCCUUUUCCGAACGGUCUUAUUCCACAGGCGCCGUUCCAUACAACAUCGCUCUGUGUCACGCGUACGGUGUCCGACUCGGAUGAUGAAGCCAACAAGGGCCAUACUCGCAGAGUCGUCGACCAUGUAGUCGAACAGCGAGUUUCUAAUCUUGCUCAAGGUCUUCUAACCUUGGGCACAAUGUCAGGUCCGCUUCUCAUUGUGCUACAUCUCAUUCCCCAAGCAGUGCUUGCCGGCUUGUUCUUCGUCAUGGGCAUCCAGGCCUUGGAGGCGAAUGGCAUCACCGCCAAACUUGUCUUCCUUGCCAAGGACAAGCAUCUCACUUCUCGUCUGGAUCCACUAAAUCAAAUCGAGCGCCGUUGGGUGAUCUGGGCUUUCGUUGGUCUGGAGUUGAUCGGCUUUGGUGCGACGUUUGCAAUCACACAGACUAUUGCUGCGAUUGGCUUUCCUGUUUUUAUUUUUCUCUAUAUCCCUAUGCGAACGUUCCUUAUGCCUCGCUUCCUGACGAAGAAAGAGCUCGGUAUACUUGACGCACCGACCGCAUCUCCUUUCACAAUGGAGUCGGUAGGUGGGAACCACGGCCAGGUGGUGGAGCCAUCAGUGGACGAGCAGGUGAUACAAGAGAGCGACGAUGCUGAACGAGGGAUGCAUCAAAGUCCGGUGCAUUUCGAAGGUACGGAGCUGUUUGCCAGAUUGGGGGAACUCAUGGCUGGUAGACACUUGUUCCUCGCGGGUACUGAGAUCCAGCACUACGCCGAUGGUGAUGAGUCUGACUUUGGCUCUGAGACCGACUCUCGCUCUGGCCAUGGGAUUGAAUAUAACUCUACCGAAGAGCUACAAUCGACCAUGGCGGACUGCGAGAUUCGCUCCGCGUAA